AUUGCGUGUGCAUCUCUGGAUGAGGCCCCCACUCCUCAAUCCAACGCAGCUGUGGGAACAGCUUCCAAGGGGCGCGGGGCACAGUCAAGCCCUGGGGGGGGGGGCAUGGAGCACAUCCCACAGUCCCCAGAGAGGAAGAGAAGUCGAGAGGAGCAGCCCACCUUUCUGCAAUGAUGCUUCUUCGCCCCCUUGCCUUUCCUCCCAGCAGCUGUCUCCUCUCUCUCCCCGCUCUUGAAUCACCCACUCCUCCUGCCUUGACAAGGCGCCUUUUAACUCCAGAGCAUCAGCAGAGAGGACUGCCAGAUGCGCUGGGCUGCGGCUGGAUGGCAGAGGAGCCAGGAAGCAAUCGCUCACCUUAACAGAACUCUUCCACCGAACGUGGGUCCAGUGUGGAUGGAGGCGGACUCCCACUGCAGAAGGCUGCUAGCCAGAGGAGCCUGAGAUGGAUGCCCCUCACUGGCCUCGUGUCUGUUCCUCAUCCGAAGCAUGCAGGGAUCUGUUGAUCUCUUCCUUUUGCUUGUCUUGCUCCAAAAGAACGUGGAGGCAAGCUCCACCGAAAACUCGGCCAAAGAGAUGUUUGAGGCAUGGCAGCAGUACCAGUCCGCCUGCUAUCGCAAGAUCCUGGAGGACCCACGUCCCACAAGUCUGGUGUGCAACCGUACAUUUGACAUGUACGCCUGCUGGGGCGAUGCUCUUCCGAACACCUCUGCCAAGGUCCCUUGCCCCUGGUACCUGCCUUGGCACCAGCAAGUUCGAGGUGGCUUUGUGUUCCAGAAAUGCGGCCCAGACGGACAGUGGGUGGUGGAUGAGUCGGGGCACCCUUGGCGAGAUCACUCUCAGUGCGAAGCCGUCGACAAAGAGCUCCCCUUCCAGAAACAUUUGUGGAUUCUGGAGCAGUUCCGAAUGAUGUACACAGUGGGCUACUCCCUUUCGUUUGUGGCUCUGCUUGCGGCCUUCGUCCUGUUGGCAGCUUUCAGGAAACUCCGUUGCAUCCGCAAUUACAUCCACAUGAAUCUCUUCGUGUCCUUCAUGCUGCGGGCCGUCUCCAUCCUCACCCGGGAUACCUUCCUGCGGCUGCACUUCCCCAAGGACUUCCAGGACGAAGGGGACCUCUCACACUUUCCUUUGGGACAGGCUGUGGCCGGCUGCCGGCUGGCACAAAUCUUAACCCAGUACUGCGUCUGUGCAAACUACUACUGGCUCCUGGUAGAAGGCCUCUAUCUACACAACCUGCUAGGACCAAUGGCCUUUUCGGAAGAAAGCUAUUUCUCAGGCUACUUGCUCAUUGGAUGGGGGGCACCAAUCCUUUUUGUCAUCCCUUGGGUGAUUGUGAGAUACCUCUAUGAAAACAACGAAUGCUGGGAGAGAAACGACAACAUGGGCUAUUGGUGGAUCAUCCGUUGCCCGAUUCUGCUAGCAAUCUUUGUCAACUUUGUGAUCUUCAUACGCAUCAUCAAGAUCCUGGUCUCCAAACUCCGGGCGCAACAGAUGCGUUACACAGAUUACAAAUUCAGGUUGGCCAAGUCAACGCUGACCCUCAUCCCGCUGCUGGGGAUUCAUGAGGUGGUAUUUGUGCUGGUCACUGAGGAACAUGCCCAGGGCACCUUGCGAUACGUCAAAUUCUUCUUUGAGUUGUUGCUCAACUCCUUACAGGGCUUGCUGGUGAGCGUCCUCUACUGCUUUGUCAAUAAAGAGGUCCAAUCCCAGAUCCAAAGGACAUGGCAGAGGUGGAAGCUAGGCAGCAGCCUGCUGGAAAAGCAGAGCCAGAGCAUCAGCCACUGGGCUUCCUGGCACAGCCGAAGCAGCCGCCGCAAAAAGGUCGCUUAUCCUGCGCCCCACAGACACCCGGGAGAAAAGGGCCUCCCCGGCAGCCUUGGCAACACAGCAGUUGCUCCACAGACGCACAUCAGCACCAAAUCUUUUCAGUACGUCCCCGUCAGGAUGAAGUCCCAGGACAAGGUUGCGGGGUCCGCUGUCGCUGGGCAGACUUUUCCGAGCCCUGGUUGCCCCCCAGUCAGCUGCUGAACACACCCACACCCACCC